GUCAUUGGACGUUUAUUUGGUGACAUAAUCAAUGUGAGCCAUCCUAAGAGGGAAGAAAAUACGUGACAUGCGGUAGUUAGCCCGGAGAGAAUCAUAUUGUUGGAGGUUCAUACUGUACACAGCGCUCUGAGGCUACGUGUUGAUGGAGGUGUUCGGAUUUCUGUACAUAGAUUAAGACAGUUUAUGUUCUUUAUUUGAUCUUCUAGGAAGGCGGCUUCUAUUAGCAGUCAUGGCUGUACUUCUGGAGACCACUUUGGGAGACAUCGUCAUGGAUCUUUAUACUGAAGAAAGACCCAGAGCCUGCCUAAAUUUUCUGAAGUUGUGCAAGAUAAAAUAUUAUAAUUAUGGUCUCGUACACAAUGUGCAGAGAGACUUUAUCAUACAGACUGGUGAUCCUCUGGGAACAGGCCGAGGAGGAGAAUCUAUUUUUAGUAAACUGUAUGGUGAACAAGCUCGUUACUUUGAACCUGAAAAAGUGCCACGGAUAAAACACAAAAAAAUGGGAACAGUGUCAAUGGUGAACAAUGGCAGUGAUCAGCAUGGAUCUCAGUUUCUGAUCACAACAGGGGAGAAUUUGGAUUAUUUGGAUGGGGUGCACACAGUAUUUGGAGAAGUAACGGAAGGAAUGGAUGUACUGAAGAAAAUUAAUGAGACUUUUGUGGAUAAAGAUUUCGUUCCUUAUCAAGACAUCAGGAUAAACCAUACUGUGAUUCUAGAUGAUCCGUUUGAUGAUCCAGAAGGACUGGUUAUUCCAGAUCGCUCCCCGGAACCCACCAAGGAGCAAUUGGAUAGUGGGAGGAUUGGUGCAGAUGAAGAAAUUGAUGACAACAAAGGAAAGUCAAUAGAAGAAAUCGAAGAACAGCUGGCAGAGAAAGAAGCCAAGACCAGAGCUGUCCUGCUGGAAAUGGUUGGUGACAUACCAGACGCAGAGAUAAAGCCACCUGAAAAUGUACUCUUUGUGUGCAAACUAAAUCCUGUAACAACAGAUGAGGAUUUGGAGAUUAUCUUUUCCCGAUUUGGAUCUAUAAAAAGCUGUGAGAUAAUUCGAGACUGGAAGACUGGUGAAUCAUUGUGCUAUUCUUUUAUUGAGUUUGAAAAGGAGGAAGACUGUGAGAAAGCCUAUUUUAAGAUGGACAAUGUGCUUAUCGAUGACCGGCGAAUACACGUGGACUUCAGUCAGUCUGUUUCUAAAGUGAAAUGGAAAGGAAAAGGGGGAAAGUAUACAAAAGAUGACUUUAAAGAGUAUGAAAAGGAAAUAGGAAAACAGUCCAAGCUUGCCCUAAAGGACAAAGCCCGACCUAAGCAAGACAGCAAAUAUGAUCUUGUGAUUGAAGACAAUGCAGAGGAGACGAGCAGAAGUCAUCGACAUUCUAAACAUAAAAAAGAAAAGAAACGCCAUUACUCUGAUGAUGAAGAGGAAAGGAGAACAAAAAAGUCAAAGGAUCCUGAUAGAAAUGAUCGCCACCGACGACAUGAGGAGGAUUAUUGCAAAGAGAAGAGGCGAAGUGAAAAAAAAGAAGGCAGGAGAAGCCGUAGUCUUUCUCGUGAGCGUAGUAGUUACCAUAGCUCCAGGGAAGAUGCAAAAGAAAGAGACAAGGACAGGAGAAGAGACAGAAGUCCCAAGCAGUACAAAGAGAGGUCCAAGUACCAAGAAAGAUGCUGAUGUGAAAACCAAAAUUUUGCAGCUGUUGGAGUAGAAAGGAUAUCUUCCAAUGGGAGCACCUGACCUGGAGAACUGUCUCUUAAGAUUGAAUUUCCCAGAUCUUUGCAAAGUUUCCUCUAAUUUUCCUUUUUUACCUACAGGAAAAAGAGGUGAAGGAAAACUUUGGCAAGUAACACACACACACACCGCAGAAGGAUAAAAAAGAGAAUCACUGACAUGGGUUUAAACCAUUCUAUAAACACAGAAUUUGCAGUUUAUUACACUGAACUAAUUUUAGGGUAAAUUUGGUAACCUCUGACUUAAGCACAAAUCCCACUCGAAAAAUAGGGCAAAUUAUUACGCCAUCGGGAGUUCAGGAAUUAAUCUUUGCAAUCGCACAAUGCUUAAAGAGGAGCUCUAGUCAUUGUG